AUGCGGGAUAAUAAAAAUUAUAAUUCUCAUCAUAAUGUUGUUGAUUUUUUAACAAAUAGUAACUUUAAGAAUUUGAGUUAUGAUCAAGCUUAUUAUUUCUACAAGGAUCUUGCAAGAGAAAAAUAUCCUAAUAAGCUAUUAAUAGCAAGCCAGCAUGCGCAUAAAGAUAGGCAAGCUCCGAAUGGUAAAAAUUUUAUUCAUAUUGCAGCUGAAGAUGGAAAUCUCAAAUUUGUUCAGUUUCUUACUGAAUGUGGUUUCAAUAUACAUGUAAAAGAUAAAAAUGGAGAAACUCCAUUAAGUUAUGCAUGCAUUCAUAAUCAUCUUGAAGUUGUUAAAUAUCUUCUCUCAAAAGGUGCUGAUGCAAUUGUAUUAAAUAACGAUUCAUCUACUCCUCUUAUUAGUACGGCAUGGUUUGGUCAUUUUGAGAUUAUUAAAUAUCUAUUAUCAGCUGGAGCGAAUUUUAAACUAAAAAAUCGUCUUAAUGAGACUGUUUACACUCAUGCAUCAUCGAGAGGUCAUACGGAAAUAGUGAAAUAUUUAGCUUCAAUUGGAGCUAAUAUAGUUCCAAAGAUUAUUUUUCAAUUACCCAUCACCACAGCUAUUUUCAAUUUUGAAUUAAUAUCAGAUGAGCGCGUGAGUGACAUUUUCGUCUGUUAUUUCAUUUUAGGAAAUUCUUGA